AUGGCUAUGGAGAUGGCCUCUUCACGUUGGAGACUCCAAUUUGACCCCGCCAGCGGUGCCUACGAGUGCACGCACUUGAAUUCAGGGCUCGUUCUAGACCUUGAAGGAGGCAGAGGAGAGCCGGGGACUAAUAUCAUUACCUAUCCCGCCCACGGUGGGCAAAACCAGAGAUGGAAGAUUGAACAACUCGACCAAGGAUCCCUUUCAGUCCAGAGUGUUCAGAGACCAAAUCUCUACAUGACUGCUAUCACCGAUAAUUCCCAUUAUAUCAUUAACGUCAUCGGUGGGGAGAGGACCACCUCUCCAAGGGCCAGAUGGCACUUUAGGAAGGUCUAA